AUGAGCAACCUUCCCAACAUCAUUAACCUUGAAGCUGACACUUCUGGCAAAAAUGUUGAACAAAAGGGGGAUGCUUUUUGGGAAAAAAUAACUAACCAUUACCAUGAGUAUGCUCCUGAGGGCGGCAUUCUGCAUAAUGAACGUUCUUUGCCUGCUUGCUGGCAAAUUAUAAACAAGGGUGUGAACAAGUAUGUUGGUAUCUUGUUGGCUAUAGUGUGCUCAAAUUCCAGUGGCACUAAUGAUGAAUGGAAUAAGACAAAAACGAAGUUCAACCUUUAUCACUACUUCCGAAUCUUGGCUAGACACCUGAAAUGGAAGCCAAGUGCUCCAACCAAAAAGAAGAGAAGAAAUUCCAAAGUGGCAGCUUCUGCCCCUAACCCAAUUGGUGAGGGUAUAGACGAAGAGGAGUUUCCAGCUUGCCCAGCUGGAAGAAAGUUUGUCAAGGAGCAAGAGGCGACUAAAAGAAAGUGGGAGAAGAACAUUGAGAGGUUAAUUGCGUUGCAUUCAGAAAGUAUUGCAAAGGGUGAUAAGGCUCAGGACAUAAAGAUUCUGUUGAUUGAUACUUCUUUGAUUGCAGAUUCUGUCAGCCAUCAGAUGAUGUUGGACUUGAAGAAGAAGGUUCAGGAAAGAGGUAUAGGGAAUACUCCCAUCAGCAAUGAUGACAGUAUGAGCAGCAAUCUCUUUGAUAUUAGCAGCAAAGGAGAUGAUUGUGAUGGCAAUUAG